AUGUUUAAAAUUUUUGGUAGGAUUGAAAUUUAACAAAUUUAGACUGAAGCAUAUUAUGUUACUGGUAGAUCAAAAAAGUAAGCAUAAAUAAAAAGUUUGAAUAAUACAUUUUCAAAUGAAGUUAUAAUUGAAUUACUUUCUGAAAAAUUAGAAUCUUAUAAUUUAACUAUCUAUGUUAAUUCUUUUGUCUAAUAUUAAAAUUUGACUUAAAUUCCGGUAACAAAUUCCAUAAAUGCUUAAUUCUAUCCAAACCCAAUUGUUUGUGAACUUAAAUUGUACGAUAAUAGUGUAAUAAAAUGGUGCUCAGAUAUAACCUGUCAAUAAUAUUUGAGUGAAAUUCCUGAUCUCCAUAUAAAUGACAUAUUUGUAAUAGAAUAAAUUGUGACUUUUUAUAAAAGAGCUGUUAAUUUUUAUUUGACCAAACCAACAGUCUGGUAUCAUGGUGAUGGUUUAAAUAUGAAAGCAAAAAUUAUGAGUGUGAAUAAUGAAAACAAAGGAAAAGUUAUUAUCUAAAUAAUAGCUCAAAUUGCAUGGAGAAAAGUAAUGAUAAAUGUUACUUCUUUUUUAUCUUCAAAAUAAUAAGACGAAGAAUCAACUCUAGAUAUCUCUACUAGUAGCGAUUUGAUUGAAUGUAUCAAAUAUGAAGGAUAAGAAUCAUGUGCCAUAUGCACUUAAGAAUGUUAAGUUAAUGGAUUUGCUAAAGAUGGUUGCAAUUAUUGUUCAUUUUCUAUUUUAAAAGAAUUUGUUUUCUUGGUCAUUAUGUUAUUCUUUAUCAUUUGA